AUGGAUGCGCCCUUCCUGGAGCCCCACACUCCACUGCUGGUUCCGCUCGUCCAAGCGUGCACCGAGCUGCAUGUACACCACGCACCACUUCUGCAGAAGGGUUUGCACCCGAGCUCAUGGCGCGUGGCGGCGCUGCUGCGCGAAGCAGAGGAAAUGGUGCCCUCGGAUGAGUCGGCCAAUGCUGCCGAGAGUCCAGGGGCAGAGGAGUGUGAGGUGGACUUGCCUGCUGUGCAGGUCUGCGUGCGCGUCCGGCCUUUGCUUGAAGAGGAGCUUCGUGCUGGAGGCUCUGUGGAAGCUUUGCGCACGGCGUCAGGGAAGGUGACGCUGGCACUAUCGGAGGGCAACGAGGAAAACAUCGCAGACCGAGAUUGCCGCCGUGUGCGCAAGCCGCAAGAAUUUGCGUUCAGUUCUGUCUUUGGGCCCGAGAGCAGUCAAGAAGACGUGUACGAGGGCCUGAAGUUGGAUGCCUUGAUGCAAAAGGUAGCGGCCGGCUACCAUGCUACUGUCUUCGCAUACGGCCAGACAGGAUCCGGCAAGACGUAUACUAUGGAGGGCUUCCGCUACAGACCGGAUGCGAAGGCUGCGGAAGCCGGCAAGCCCCAGGUCUGCGUCCACACCACCACCCCCGAGCGAUUGGGAGUGAUACCUCGUGUGCUGCAAAAACUCUUCAAGUACGUCGACAAGCUGCAGCGAGAGGUAGAUGAUCACGGUGACACGUUCAGCGUGAGCAUCUCCUUUCUGCAGAUCUACCAGGAACGAAUCUACGAUUUGCUGAAUCCAGCGCCGGUUCUGCCGCAGGGCUUCGGUCAGGCCGAGGACAGCGGAUUACGGUUACGCUGGGACGCAGCGAGGGAGCACUUCUACGUGGAGAACCUCUUCGUGUACCAGUGCACCUCGGCGGAAGAUGCGCUGAAGUUCUACAAUGCUGGAGUCCAGCGCAAGCAGAUGGCCUCGACCGCCAUGAACAUUGCUUCGUCGCGGUCACACACAGUGCUCAUGCUGACGCUUCGUCGACGGUCUGUCCUAGCAGAAACGAGCGACCUGGGCUCAGGUGAGGCGGUGCGGGAGGUGAUGUCGCACCUGGCUCUGGUGGACUUGGCAGGCUCUGAGAAAGCUGCAGCAGCCAACGAGGGCAACCCGGAGCGCUUCAAGGAGGCGGUGAACAUCAACCAGUCCCUGUUUGUGCUCCGGCGCGUGAUCACCGCCCUCAGUCGCCGGGACAGCAGCCACGAAGAGGACACGCACAUACCAUAUCGCGAAUCGAAGCUGACUUCGCUGCUGCAGCACGCUAUUGGUGGCAAAGGCUUCAUGGUGAUGCUCGCCUGCCUGUCGCCGGCAGACCGAUCCUACGAGGAGAAUCUCAGCACGCUGCAAUACGCCGCGCAGGCCGCCCUCAUCAAAAACGAGCCGACAAUCAACCUGGACCCGAAGGAUCGCCUCAUCCAGCAGCUUCAGCAGCAGCUCAGAGAAGCGCACGCCUUCAUCCUCGACAAGAUGGGCUUGCAGGAGCUGCCGCCGGAGCUGCAGCGGAAUUCUCUCCUGGCACCGCGUCCUCGCCGGGCUCAGGCUCGCUCCAUGAGUGCAGGACCUCUUUCCAAAGCGAAAGAGGUGACCUCCGGUGCUCCUUCGAGCGCCCCCGAAUCCAGGAGGCGCAGCGAGAGGAGCCUCGAGAGGGGGAAGGCGGAAGAUCCGCCUAAAUUUGGCAGCGAAGGCGAGAAGCGCCACAGGCUGCCACCAAUCCCCUCGCAGCGCAGCGCUGGUGCGGACCUGGCAAUGUACCGGUUGGCCUCACCAUCGCAAAGCCGAGGGUCCAGGAUGAAGCACGUCAGCGUGGAGAGUCACGACGUCGCUGACAGUCCCGUGAGGUCUGCAUCUGCCGCAGACAAUCCUCGACCACAGGUGCGCAGCCGUGGUCUGCCGCGGACCUGCAGCUGGGAUUCGAGGAAGGGCAAAGAUCUGGAGUCGCAGCUCAAGGAAGCGGAGGCCGCCACUCAAGCUUUGGAGGCCAAGCUGCGUGAUGCCCUUCGCCGCAAAGCAGAGAAGGCAGAGAAGGCGGCGCAGCUGCUGCGGCCGCCCGAGGCCGCUGAGACCACGGAGGACACCCGGGAGGCCUCCCCGAAGGUCGAGCAGCUCCUUGAGCUUUCGUUCCAGUCCAUGGAGCUGCAAGGCGUGGUGGCUGACAACUUGACCAACCCAAAUGCAACGUCGAGGCAAAAGCUGGCGAUGCUGUCAGUCCUCGCACGCUCCUCGCACUUCCCGCCGGAGUUCAAGGAGGUUUGCGCCGAGGUUUGCUCCAAGUCCAGCGAUGCCGCUCUGUCCGCCCUUUCCUCCAGCGAUCUGGUCAACACAUUCAACAUUCACCUCUGCACCGUCUUCGACGGCCCCGCGGCCCUGAAGCAUUGGAUGACGGAGGAUGCGGGUAUGAAGUCGUUCUUCCAGGCGCAAAGCCAUCCAGGCCGCGGGCUCAAGAUUCGAUUCAAGAUGAAUCCAGACGAGAUUGAUGAGCUGUUCAUCACCGUGCGGGAUGGCGAGCUGGCCGAGGCAAGAGAAGCUUUGGAGAAAGCUGACAUGAGUUGGCUUCACAGCGCCUUUCAGCAGAACAUGCUGUUUUUUGUGGCAGCACGUCGUCGCCGCGGGUGCGAGCUGCUGGCCAAAGACUGCAUCCGCAGGGGAGUCGACCUUGCGCAGAUCGACGCUCAACGACAGACGCCUUUGUUCUGGGCCGCAGCGCGCGGCAACCUGCAAAUGGUUAAAUUCCUCAUAGGCCUCGGAAUGGAAAUAAACUUCCGCGACGCUUGCAGAAAAACGGCUCUGUUUUUCGCGAUUUCGAACAAUCACUUGGAAGUUGUGAACCACAUGAUCGAACAAGGAGCGUCGCUCGACAUUCAGGCCGUUGACAGAACGAAGCCUCGCACAUUACUGAAGUCGAUGAAUGUCGCGAUUCCUGAUCGUAAACGAAAGCUCUGGUGCCCAGACCCCAAAACCGCUUGUCCUGGAGCCUCUACAAGAUGCACGUUUGCAGUUUGGGAGUGGGGCGAUGAGGAGAACGAAUGCGAACCGGAGCUGAAGACCGAGGAAGCUGCCAGCCUCGUGAACACGCCUGUGGAAGCCAGCAAUGACCACCUGAAGCUGAUAGAAGCGUGCGCGACCGGGGCUCAGCUUUCUGCCUUCACACUGGCAGCUGUUUCGCAGAAAUCUCGGACAGUGGCCGGCUACAUCCAUGCGGGGCUUGCGGACAACAGCAACACACUUAAGAUUAAGCACGUCAAAGCAGACCGCCCCCACCAGGGCAAGGGACUUGGUGGCCUGUUGAUUCAGGCUGCCGAGAAGUGUGCUAAGAAGCUCUUUUCGGGCGUGUCAGAGAUGACACUAAGCGUGCUUGACAGCAAUGAGCCUGCCAAGCGGUGUUACAAAAAGGCGGGUUUCAAGGUCGCCUUUUCGACCCCGUCCAAGUUUCCGCCAAGCAGCCAUCACAAAAUCAAAUGGUUGCGGAUGGAGAAAUCUGUGAAGUGA